CACCGCCCGGGACGGGCCGCGCCGGGACGGGACGGGGCGCGCUCCGCACCGCCCGAUACCGCGAACGCGCUUCGUGCUGCCCCACAGCCAGCCAGCGAACCCCGCGAGGCUCAGGGGUUUGGGCCGUUUGGGGAGCACGCUGUGAACGCCAGCUGGAUUGCAGUUCAGGAGCUGGAGAAGCUGGGGCUGAGGGAUGACGUGGAUCUGCACGUCUAUGAGGUCCCUGUUGAGUACCAGACCGUGCAGAGACUCAUUCCUGCCUUGUGGAAGAAGCACAGUCCCCAACUGGUGGUGCACGUGGGCGUGUCGGGCAUGGCCACCACUGUCACCCUGGAGAAGUGUGGCCACAACGUGGGCUACAAGGGGCUGGACAACUGUCGCUUCUGCCCGGGCUCGCAGUGCUGCGUGGAGGGCGGCCCCGAGUGCAUCGACUCCAUCAUCGACAUGGACGCCGUCAGCAGCAGGGUCAGUGCCCUGGGCCUGGAUGUCACUGUCACCAUCUCCAAGGACGCUGGCAGGUACCUGUGUGACUUCACCUACUACACCUCCUUGUACCAGAGCCAUGGGAGGUCAGCGUUUGUCCAUGUGCCUCCUCUGGGGAAACCUUACUCUGCAGAACAGCUGGGCCGGGCCCUGCAGGCCAUCAUAGAGGAAAUGCUGGAUUUUUUGGAGCACUCUGAAGACAAAAUCAAUUGUCAGCAUGAACACUGAGCAGCCUGGCCAGGAGCUCUCCUAGUAUUGCACUUCCAAAAAUUUUUCCCUGCUCUGAUGAAGUAUUGGGGGGAAAAAGAAAUAUAAAUCAAGCGACAGUUCCAGACCCAGAAUUGGAGACGUCAAAAAAAAAAAAAAAAACAGAAAAAAAAAAGGAAAAUUCUACAAAUUCUGCUUAGAAAUUAACCUUUUUUGUUGUUGUUGAAUCUGUGAGCUCCAGCCUGAGCAACAAAGGAUUCAGAAUCUCUUCUUUAGGACACCUGCAGCUCCUGAUUCCCGAGGGGUUUGUGCUGUUCCUCACCUGGGCCAGCUCACCCAACCCUCUUGUGGCUCAUUCUUGACAUGAAAAGUUUGCUUCCAGGUGGUUUUUGGGUUUGUUUCCCCCUCUCCUGACCCAAAUUCAAGGUGAUGGUGUGGAAGCACAGCUGGAGCUGUGGGGUUGGCAUGGAAAGCAGAGUUUGGUGGGCAUGAGGAGCCUGGAAUUGCUCGGCUGGAAUGGAAAAUUAUUUUGGGCGCUGAUUCCUCUCUCCACACCCUCCAGACACCUCAGGCUGCUUAGCUGCAGUAGAAGGGAUGUGUUUGGGAUCCUUUUGGAACCCAAAUCCAGCUGGAAUUUUUUAUUUUUAAUUUUUGGAGCCUGAUCCUAAACCUUUCCAAAUCUCUUUUUCCCUCUUGGCCACCUCCCUUGCUCAAGGACCUCCUGUACCAAACACCUCGGUUCAAAUGUGUCCAAAACCAAUCAUUGAUGGAUAAAGAGCUUUGCUGAGGGCCACUUUCCCCACGGGAGACCUUUAUCCUGGUGCUCCAUGCUGGUUUUGAGGUGAAGGUUCAGUAAUUUAUCAUUUCCCCAGCUGCAAAUUCCCCCCUCGUGCUCCAGGUUAGGAGAGCAACGUUGAACUGAGAUCACAGUUCCACCUGGGUUGGAGUGGGGGCAUAAAAAUGCAGAUGGAAGUCUUCAAAACCCCUGCAAAAAAAAUCAAAUUUCAGCUCUUCAAACCCAAUCCCGCUGCCUGGGAAGCAGAGGGAAUUAUUUGAAAUUCAGGAAUUCUGCUCAGAGUGAGGAUUCCAGGCUCUUUCCUGGUGUCCCCUCCCAAUGGGAGGGCUCAGAAGUGGUUCUGGCUGCUCCUGGGGGUUUCCCCAGGGAUUCUCUUGGGCCUCAGCAGGUGAUGCUGGUCCUGUGGGGAGAUUUUGCUGCCAAAUUUUGAGAUUGCAGCAAGGAAACCCAGCUGGAUUUGGAGCAGGACCAGACACCGAACCUGGGAGCUGAGGCCUCGUGGAGAGGCCAUGUGGACGGAGAGGUCUGUGAUGCUUUUACAAAUAGAUAGAAAUAUAUCUAUAAACGGCAUUUUAAACAUUUUAAAGGUUUUUAAACCCCGUGGUUUUGAAUCUCUCUGGUGCUGACUGGCUCUGCUAUUGUAACUCUCAGUGAGAGCUGCCCUGGGCUUGCCAGGAGAAGUCUGGUGACAAAACCCGUCCUUGGAACCCCCGGGAUGGGACAGAAACUCUGCACUGAGGGCACCUGGGCAGGGGGAUGUGUUUGGAUGGACCCAGGGAAAUUCCUCCUCAGUUCUCCAGCCAGGAAUUUGCCUUCAAGAGAGGUAUUGUCAUUGCCAUCCACUCCAAGGUAGCACUUGUCAGAUUUCCUGAUUAGUAAUUUAUUUUAUUUAAUAUUUUGUUGAAAUCUUCAUGCUUUGACACAGUUUUGUUUUGUUUUUUUUAAUUUUUAUUUUUGUGAUUAGUUGAGCUCCUUAUCCCCAUAGCAUUUAUUCCUUUGUUGGUGGGAAGUUUUUUUGUCCUGGGUGUUUUUUAGCUGCUAAACUUGGGGAAGAGGAAAUAUCCCAGGGGGUUUGGUGAUGGAGCAACCCCAGAAAAACAAACAAAAAACUGAAUUAAUUCACCUCUGAUGCCACUGUGGGUGAAAUGGAGGUGGGAAACCAACAGAUUGGUGAGGCCACAGCAAAAUUGCAAGGGUGGGAUCUCAGCAGGGACCCACAGAGGGGUCAGGGAGGGAUCAGCAUCUCCUGGUGAGAUGUUCCCUGUCCGUCUGUCCGUCUGUCCAUCCCUGGUUCUGCACCCCUGGGUGUGUCUGGGGGUG